AUGGAAGAAAUAUCAACUUCAGAGUACGAUGAACUUUCUGGUCCUGAUGACGAAUUGGGUUCUGAUUACUGUGAUUCUAGCUCAGAUGAAGAACCUGAAAGUUUCACAAGAAAUCUUGUUGAGAAGCUCCUCCUAAAGGGUCUCAAAGGGCCAAAAGUACUUGAAAUAUUGCACAAUCAUGGUAUAAAAAUGCAUGAACGCACCUUCACACGCAAACGACUGAGUGUUGCCGAGAUCCAAGCGCGCCUAGCCAAAGAGACCAAUGUUGAUGUUUACUGCCGGACAGUCAAACGAUACCUGAAAGAGCUCAACUUGAAGCUGGAGAUCAAUGAUGUCCUGAAAGGCAAGUCCAGCGCCUCGGUGAAGUACAAGGACCGGACGGCCACGCUCGAAGCCGAGUUGGCGGGACUCAAAAGAUCGGACCCGUCAGCAACGGCGGUGGACGGGGCGGAGAUGUGGGAGGAGAUGAAGGGCCAGCUGAACAAACUCACCCAGCAGCUCUCGUCUCUGCGCAACAGCUCGCGUGCUUCAAGCUUAGAGAACGAACAUGCGCGCGCCAAGCAGGCCCCGAUCCACGAGCUCCACGAGGAGCUCGGCCAGCUCCAGAGUCUCCACCAGAUGCUCAAGGACGACUUCGACCGACUGGGGGCGGAGAACGGCAUAGCAGAUAGUUCGUUAUCAAGUCCCGGCCGUGCCCAGCUCUUCGCACCACUAUCUUCACCACAACAACUCAACAGCCAAGUCAUCGAUUGGUCUGCGUUUUUGUCGGUUGACCGGACCAACACCAUCAUCCUUGCCAGAAUCACGGGAUCCUGUCGGAUAUUUGAUCAACUCAACCCCCUCGUCAUCGUUUAG